UCAAAAAUUAUUUUUCAGUGAACAUCAUGUCUACAGUUCCUUUCGAAUUUGAAAUAAAAGAAGCCAAGACGGAAGACAGAGAAAAAAUUUUACAAUUUUUACGUAUAUUCUUUUUCAAAGACGAACCUUGUAACGCAUACUUGAAAGUUGUAACAGAGGAAAAUCCAAUCAACGAGGAUUUGGAAACGUUUUACAUGGAUGGUUUUGAUAAUGGUUUGAGUCUACUAGCAAUACAUGAGGGAAAACUGAUAGGAGUCUGUUUCAAUUCUAUAUUAGAAAAGGGUCAAAGGAGGUCAUGGAAGUGCAAAGAUGAGAAAUUCUCGAAGAUUCUUAAUCUGUUCAAUUAUGUUGGCAGCCAAGUGAACACUUUCGAUAAAUAUCCAGAGUGCGACAGAGGUGUAGCAAUAGGAAUUGUGUCAGUAGAUGAGUCAUAUAGAGGGAAAGGAAUAGCAAAAAAACUCAUGGAAAAAACGAGGCAAAUAGGAAAAGACAGAGGAUGCGGAUUUAUCACUGUUGAUUGUUCAAGCUAUUUCACUGUCUGUGCGGUGAAGAGACUGGGAUUCGAACUGUAUUACUCUUUGAACUAUGAAGAUUACAAAGUGGAUGGUCAAGUCGUCUUGAAGCCACAAGAACCCCACAGAGCUUUUACCGUUUAUACGAAGAAGAUAGACUAAUUUAUUAGAUGUUUUAUUAUAGAUAACAAGUAGUAGAAUGGAUGAAAACAACAUUUA